AGCAAGAAUCAAACACUCGGAAAUCACUCUUUCCAUGUUUCCCGGACCGGAUGAUCCAGAAGGUGAAAAUCCAGUUAUCAAGGCAAUCUACCCCACUCAGGGAAUCCUUCAUAAAACUGGCGAAUCCAGUACGGUGCAUCGACGUAGAGAGAACUCUGUUGGCCUCGCACUUGGCAUUGAUCCCUAUGGAAAAAUAGCUCUUAGACAUACUCGUUCCAGAUCUCAAGAUGAAACAUCUUCGCAAUAUCUCCUCGGCUCUGGAAUCGAAACCAACACAUUGUUGUUGACGAUGACCGAAGAUCCCGUUGCGCACGCUGGAGUUCUUCCUUCUCUGGACUUUGCUGUACUGGUGUAUCUUCCUAGCCCCAAAACACAAGCAUUCGAAGCUCGUUUGACCGUAAAAGCUAGUCCAGGUGGUGAACUAGGAGCCUCUCUACGUGGGAUGUGGACAAAUCCAAAACUCUGGACUCUCAAGUACGAUGGAGUAACUGAACUUGGAAGGCGUACACUGGAAGUUCAUCCUGAUGGAUCAAGAUCUGUAUUUUUAGUAUCUGAGAACCAGAUGAGAACAGAAUAAACCAUCAAAUCAGAGCUACUCUAACAAUCUGUUCGAAGUAUAUAUUGGCAUUCUUGUGAUAUUUUAUCAAUCAUGUAUAUAAGCAAAUAUUUCUUGCAUUCUGUUUUUCUUUUCUCAUGUGAACCUGAUAAUGAUGAUUUCAUAACAACACUUUGACAAAGGCAAUCAUAAUCUGAACAUAUUUACCAC